AUGGCAGACUUGCCUAUUGAAAGAACUACCUUUAGUCGCCCUUUCACUAAUACCGGCGUUGACUUUGCUGGCCCUUUCGAAAUUAAAAGUUUUACAGGCAGAUACUCUCGUAUUUCAAAAGGUUAUGUGUGUCUCUUUGUCUGUUUUUCUACGAAGGCUAUUCAUCUGGAAGCAGUAAGUGAUCUGUCUACUCCUGCGUUUUUAGCCGCUUUAGCUCGUUUUAUAGCACGUCGUGGUUGCCCAAGUCGUAUUUUCUCCGAUAAUGGUAGAAAUUUUGUAGGUGCUGCACGAGAACUAGAGUCUAAUUUUGGAAAACUUGUAAAAGAACUGCGAGAUACAGCUGUUGAAAAAUAUGGUCAUCAACAUUUAGAAUGGAGUUUCAUCCCUGCUGCAGCCCCACAUAUGGGUGGAUUGUGGGAAGCUGGCGUGAAGAGUCUGAAAAUACACUUCAAGAAAACUGUAGGCCAAUCAAAAUUCACCUUUGAGGAGUUUGCUACACUUUUAGCAAGAAUAGAAGCGUGUCUCAACUCUCGUCCAUUAGGUCCUAUAUCAGAAAAUAUUGAUGAUUUGUCUGCCCUAACACCUGGCCAUUUUUUAAUAGGUUCUGCUUUACUUACUCCGGCUGAUCCAGAAGAAACAGAAUUGGCUCAUAAUAUACUCAAUAGGUGGCGAAAAGUAAAAGCUCUGCAACAGGAACUCUGUCACCGUUGGAAAGAGGAGUACUUAAAAGAACUGCAAAAACGCAAUAAAUGGAAACAUCCUCAAACCAACCUGAAAGAAAAUGACCUUGUGGCCUUAAAAAAUGAACCAUGUAGUCCCACAGAAUGGCGGUUAGGUCGUAUUGUAAAAGUUUUUCCUGGUCCUGACGGUAAAGUUCGGGUGGCUGAUUUCAGAACGCAAAAUGGCAUAAUUACUCGACCAAUACACAAAUUAGUUCUGCUCCCUAAUUGCUCUGAUUAA